AUGGCGACCACCGUCGACAAAGGCUUCGAGGCCGACGAGAAGCAUGUCACCAGCAGCAGCCCCGUCGACCCCUCUGCUCCCGCCUACGAGCUCAACAAUGGCGAGCACUGGCGCGACCAGGAGAGCUUCUUGACGCGCAACGGUCUGACCCUCAGGUCCUUCCAGCGCCGCCCCGCCGACCAGGUCGACCUCGACAAGUCCAUGAAGCCUCGCCAUCUGCACAUGAUUGCCAUUGGUGGUAGUAUCGGUGCUGGUUUCUUCGUCGGCUCCGGUGGUGCCCUCAGCGGUGGUGGCCCCGCAUCAGUGACCAUUGAUUUCAUCCUCAUGGGUGUUAUGAUCUUCAACGUCGUCUACGCUCUCGGUGAACUCGCUGUCAUGUACCCUGUAUCUGGUGGUUUCUACACCUACUCGACUCGCUUCAUUGACCCCUCGUGGGGUUUCGCCAUGGGCUGGAACUACGUCUUCCAAUGGGCUAUUGUUUUACCGCUUGAAAUCACUGUCGCCGGUCUGACCAUCGGUUACUGGAAUCCCGACGUCCCGCUUGCUGUGUGGAUUACGGUAUUCUGGCUCUUCAUUGUCCUCGUCAACAUCUGGGGUACUUUGGGAUAUGCCGAAGAAGAGUUCUGGUCGUCACUGAUAAAGCUCUCCGCCACUGUCAUCUUCAUGAUCAUUGCCUUCAUCAUGGUGCUCGGCGGCGGUCCCAAGAGCGGCAUGUACAGCGAAUACUGGGGUGCGCGCACCUGGUACGACCCUGGUGCCUUCCGCGGCGGCUUCAAGGGCUUCUGCGGUGUCUUCGUCACUGCUGCCUUCUCUUUCUCCGGUACUGAGCUCGUCGGUCUCGCAGCCGCUGAGACAAAGAACCCGCUCAAGUCGCUCCCGGGUGCCGUCCGCCAAGUUUUCUGGCGAAUCACACUGUUCUACGUCCUCGGUCUCUUCUUUGUUGGUCUGCUCGUCCGAUCCGACGACGAUAGGCUGCUCGGCUCCGGCUCCGGUGAUACCAAGUCGUCGCCCUUCGUGAUCGCCAGCAAAAACGCCGGAUUGAAGGGCUUUGACCACUUCAUGAACGUAGUCAUCUUGAUCUCCGUCAUCUCCAUUGGUGUCUCCGGUGUCUAUGGAGGCUCACGUACCCUCACCGCCCUCGGAGAGCAGGGCUACGCUCCCAAGAUCUUCACGUACAUUGACCGCUCCGGCCGACCCCUUUUCUCCGUCGCCGCCAUCCUCAUCAUGGGUGCCCUCGGCUACAUGAACUUGGUUGCGUCCGGUGAGACCGUCUUCAACUGGUUCCUCCAGCUUUCCGGUCUUGCUGCCCUCUUCACUUGGGGCUCCAUCUGCUUCGCGCACAUCCGAUUCCGCAAGGCCUGGGUUCACCACGGCCACACCCUCGAUGAGAUUCCAUUCAAGGCCAUCGGCGGCACCGCUGGUUCAUGGCUCGGUCUCUUCCUCAUCGCUAUCGUCUUGGUUGCUCAGUUCUACGUCUCCGUCUCGCCUCCCGGAAAGAGGGUCGCUACUGCGUAUGAGUUCUUCUACGGAUACCUCGCCUUCUUCGUCGUUGGCUUCUUCUGGAUCUGCGGCUACCUCUGGAAGCGCCAGGGCUGGCUCACAAUCGACCAGAUUGACGUCAACACGGGCAGGAGAGAGCUCGACUGGGACUACAUCAACUCGGAGCGCGCCAAGCUCGCUGCGAUGCCCGCCUGGAAGCGCGCCCUCAAGAGCAUCUUCUAGCGUGCUGCUUGCAUGUAUAGGAUCAGGUGUUGGCGGGGAGUCUGGAUGGGUAUACCCACUGGGUUGAAGUCGUACAGUUUGUAAUAUAUCGCUCUGAAUCGAAGGUGCC